AUGGCGCUUAUGCGGGAGCCGGUAAUGCUCUCAGGAGAGCCGGAAUACUAUGAACGAACGCGGCUGGAGAGUUACAUGCGUAGGAAAGGAUGGAAGAGCCCGAUAUCAGGCAAGGCAAUAUCCUCGACGGACAUCAUCCCUUGCAGUGAAUUGGCGGCUGCAAUCGACAGAGAGUUCUGGCAGCGGUACCAAACCUCGAGAAGCGCAUCACGUGUCGAGGUGGACCUUACUGCUGCCACCACCGCCACCGCCGCUACAGCCACAGCAGCUCUACCUUCGAAUGGCGGCGGCGAAGGCGCGCUCCACGCCGGACCGCACAGCCAGACCAUCUCCCGGCCGCAUCAGCGCCGCGCUGAACCUCAGGAGCCGCGGAGUGACACAUGCAGCACCUGCCACCUCGGGCAUCACAACAAGAAACCGCGUCUGGGCCGCUCACCCAUACAGCGGCCGAAGGGUGUCAGCGAAGCUCUGUUUGCCGAGGAGGCACGGCCGGCGGCUGUAACCGGCGGGGAUGCAGAGGCAGGUGGUGGAAAUGGCCUGGGUACGACAAGGUUGGCAGGAGAGGCAGGUCCGAUGCUAACUGCAGCAAUACCAGGCUUGGUGUCCGCAGCGGUGAUGGCGGCGGCAGCGCCUGCUGCUGCUGCGGGGGCAACAGUGCCGCCAGCGCCGGCACCGCCUUCCGCAGUUUCAGGUGACUGCCCGGAACACGAGGACCUCGUUUUAAGGUCUGACAUGGAGAUGGAGGUGGACGUAGAGGACAACGCUGGCCAUAUAGCGGCGGCCUGGGCCCCUGGCACCCGACCAGUAGCGCAACCUCAGCAGCAGCAGCAGCCGCUACAGACGCAGGUGGCAGUGCCGGGGGCAGUUGUCGAGCCGCAGGAGCACAUUGCCGCAGGUCUUUCCGCGUCACUUCAGCAGCAGCCGGCCGCUGACCAGGACGCACAGCCGCAAUUACCGCAGCCAUCACAGCUGCUACAGCCGCUGUCCCAGGAGCAGCCGCUACAGCCGCCGCCCCAGGAGCAGCUCCCACAGGUAUCACCAUCGCCGCAGCAGCCGCAGUCACAACAGCUGCCGCGCGCCGACUUGCAACACUGCAGCCAGCCGCCUGGCUUUGCGGCACCCUCGUCACCAGGGCCCCCUGGAGAGCCCCAGGUACAGCUGGAGGCGGCGUCAGCAGGAGGCCCGCCUGGAUCAGCGGCCAGGGGUGUAGUGCAGGCGGGCAGGGGACCUGCGGCAGCGACUGCCGUACAGCUGUUUCAACAUACUGACCCGGACCAACAGGCAGGAGUGGCAGCGGCGACAUCAGGGCAAUGCGAUCUGGACCGACCCGCGGGUCACGAGGCGCACACGGCUAAAGGACUUCCGCUGCAGUGCGCUGAGGUGAACAGAACGUUGGCGGCGACGGCGUCGCGGCCUCCACAGCACCUGCAGAGGUUGGGCACGAAAGUGUUGGAGAUUUUGGCGGCGGCAUGCACCAGUGUUCUGAGCUGCUCUAAUACCACCGCCGGGGCUGCUGCCGGUGGCAGCGGCGGCGGCGCCACCGCUCCCGUGCCCCCUGGCGCGUUAACAUCAGCCUGCGGUACGGAGGCAGCGCUGCGGUCACUGCCGGUACCGCAGCCGCCUGCAUUGGCGACGGCGGCGGCGGUAGACCCGACGUUUAGCGGCAGGGGCUCCGACAGCUGCAGGUAUGUGACCUCUUUUAACACCCUUCACUACCAAUUGAACCAGCUGGUACCCAGUGGUGGCGGCGGCGACGGUUGCUGUACGGCGGCAGCAGCAUUGGCUGAUGCCGCUGCCGUCGCAAGUAAUGUCAAGGGCACGGUUGUCUUCGACCUGCAGGGCGCGUCACUUCACAGCAGCCGUCGGGGGCCGUCCAGGUUGAUAGUUCGCGGUCAUGCUGGUGCAGAAGGUGGCGUCGGCGUCGGUGUUGUUGCUGUCGUAAUCCGCAACGGUAGUAUCGACUGCCCCGGGGGUGUACUGGUUGAGGGCGGUGCGGAGGUGACAUUCCAGAACGUGACCUUCGCAACCGCCGCCAAAAGUGUUCAGAGCCAUCUCCGCGCCGGUUGCGUCCUAGCCCUGGAGGGCGGCUGUGCGGAGCUGAGCGGCCGCUGCGAGAUCUCCGGCGGCCCCUACUUCGGUCUGGCGGCAGUGGGCCCCGGCAGCUGUGUCCGAGCCGAGCUGGUGACGGUGCAGGGGACAUCAAGUACGGCAGGCUUCCUGGCGAUGUACGGCGGCGAACUGCAGGUCGUCAAGUGCUCCGCGCUGAGAUAUGGCGACGGCAAAGGCGCCGCCAGCACCACAAGCGGCGCUGGCGGCACCGUCCUCCUGACGGCUGGCGGCGCUGAAGUGAUGGGCGCAGGCUUCGCAGCCGUCGACGGUGGCCGACUUAUCAGCAGCCAGUGCGUCGCGCAGCAGUGCGCCUACAGUGGCUUCCUGGCGGCCGGUCCUGGCGCGCGGUUGACUUCCCUCGGGGGCUGCCGCGCGGAGGAGAACGGCUGGGCGGGGUUCGCCUGCAUGGACCGCGCGUCGCUGAAUGCCGGCGUCGCCUGCGUUGCGUGCUCCAAUGCCGUGGCCGGCUUCGUGUCGUACACCAGCGCCGUGCUGACGGUAUCGGAUCGGUGCGUGGCCAGGGGCAACGGCGGCCCUGGCUGGUGCGCCAGCCGGGGGUCCUGGAUAGUUAUGGGCCGGCACUGCAAGGCGAUCGGUAAUGUUGACGGCGGCUUUGCAGCUCAGGAAGCCUCGGCACUGUUUGCUGGGGAGGGCUGUGAAGCUGAGCAGAACCGCGGUCCCGGCUGGGUAGCCCUGGACGGUUCGCAGCUGGUUGCCGCCGUGGGCUGUAGGGCGGCGGGCAACCGCAGCCGAGGCUUUAUGGCGCAACGCGCAGCUCGGCUGGUGGUGGGCAAGGGUUGCGAGGCGGCGGGGAACGGUGCUGAGGGGUUUGCAGCUUUGGAUGGGGCCGUGGUGGUGGUUGGCGCCGGCGGCAGAGCUGCGCGGAGCACUAAGGACGGCUUUGCGGCGGCGAAAGGCAGCCGGCUGGAGGCGGCUGGGUGUGCGUCUGAGGGCAACCGGCGUCACGGGUUCUCCUGCGAUGGCUCGGGCUCUCUGUUGUUAGUGGGUCCGGGUUGCAGGGCCAAUGGGAACCAGGGCUGGGGGGCGCUGGUCUGGCGCGAUAUGUUUCCCUUGGGACAGGCCAAAUUGAAAGUAGUUGAAAGGAAAAAUAUUUUCGAGAUCAAUCGACGUGAGGGCUGGUGAUGCAGCUGCUGCUGAAUGUUGCUGCUGAUGCAUCACCCUCAAACCAUCAGGAACAAACGAGCACCAACAUCGCACGCAAUUAAAUGAGGCAAGGCUACACAAAUGGGCACAUUCCCAACAUCAUUUGCAG